AUGUCCACCCGUAAGAGAAAGCAAGAAGCCGAAGAAGAGGAAGAGCUCCAGGCGCUCCCCAGCGACGAGAGCGAGGAGGAAGAAGAGUAUGAGGACUCUGAAGUAGGCGAGAGUGGUGAGGAGGAGGGAAGUGAAUCGGAGCCUGGCUCUGAAGAAUUGGAGGAAGAGGAAGAGGAAGAAGAAGCCCCUGAAGAAGGCCCGCCUGUCGCCAAGAAACGCAAGACAGCAGCCGCCUCAACUGAAGAAAAAGAAGGUGAGAAAGAGGGAACGGAGAAUGGCAAAGAUGCCGGUGAAAAUGGAGUCGGAGGGGACGAUAAAGAAGAGGUGGAAGAAGAUGAAGGGGAAGAGGAAGCUCCCGAGGAGACGGCCAAAAGCAGUGGUCCUGCUGCCGCUGCGGCCAAAGCCAAGGGUGAGACUGUUCCUAAGGAAUCUGAAGUCGACACUGGGGUUGAAGAGGAAGAUGAGUGA